UUGUGCUCUGCAAACAUGUGCACUCAAAGCUUGCUCUCCCACUGGCACGGACUAGUGCUCUACAAGGUAGGCUAUAUUGAAGGUGGGUGCCCCUGCGUCAUGUCGGUGACGUGCACCCGACCAUGGACUAUGAACUGUGAACUGAGGUCUAAUGAUGUGAAAAUCAAACAUGGUUUGACUGCAAAAAAAAAAAUGUAAAAACGCAAAACCUUUACAAUGUACGUCUAAUAAACACCAGAAAUAUGACGGUAGGCAUACUGCUAGAUAAACCCACAUCUGUCACACUUAUAUGUAUCUUCAUUUACCACUAUUUCAAUCACGGACGGGGACGACUACGUGCGCGCGCCCCGUCUGGAAAGGGCUGUAGGAGACGGGUGAAAAUCCUCCGCGACGACAUGCGCGCCCAGAUCAACUCAGACAGAAACCGCGCGGCAACCCCAUUAGAGCGCCUCUACGGGAUGAUGGAUGGUUAGUGCGCUAGACAUAGGCCGGGCGGCCACGUAGCUAUGGCUUGCUCUUUACGGUAAAGGCAACGGUGGGGGUCUGUUUGCAAACACACACUUCUCAUUUCAAACCAGCAUUAACAGAUUAACAACAGUAUUUCCAGUAUGCCACACUGACUGACACCCGCAAAUUUAGAGUUGGACACCAUCUGAUUCUAAGACCUUAUGAGAAGACAAUCGCUUUUGAAGAUUUUUUUUGUUUUGUUUUCUAUCUCAGCUCCAAACCCCUGCAACUCUUGACAGCACGCGAUGAGGAAGAGGGCGCUCGCGAAUCGGCAACCCUUGGCAGCUGGAUGCUGAAACAGGACGGGCAGGUCCAGAUGACAUCGCCUGCAAACGACGGAACGGCUGGGCGAGAUAUAUAACCUCAACUUCAAAACAUCCACAGCAGACAAACAUACGUACCCCCCAUCUCAAAGGGCAAACAAGAGAACGCAAAGGAAGAGCUGCAAGUGCAACUUGGUUGGUUCAAAUCUAGCUGCUGCUCUGGUCGUCGCUGAAUGUAUCCACUGUGUCUUUCACGCCUGUAGCCUCCUGGGAGAGUGGUGCUUUUAUAUACAUCAGUCCUCUCCAUCGUUUUCUGGCACCUGGUUUUCCUCUCUUCUCAGAGGUGCUUCCCACUCUCUUGGAAAGCAGAGGUCAUGGGUAUCCCUCUGGGGUCGGGCUAAAGGACAUUUUUGGGAGCUUUGGCUCCUUCCCUUCCUGUCUCUUCUGUUUGUUUAUCCUCUAAGGGGAGGGGUGGGGGAUAGACCUGGUGCCCCCUGCCCCUCCUGAAACUUUUUUUCUUAGGCCAAAAGACAGGCCUCACUUCAUCUGUGUUGGCCCAACCAUCACCUCAGCCUCCCCUGGCUUCUCCACCCUGAUGAAGUCUUGCCAGGCGGUGAAGGAAGGGGUGUCUAUUCCAGGAACAGACGGAAUGUCCCAAGAGGAGGGGUCCAGGACGCAUCCCUCCCAGCCUUACUACCACCCCACCGCUCCUGACCUCAACCUAUCAGGCAAGCUGUACAAGGGCGGGGGCAAACCAUAUUCGGUGCUGGUCGACAAUAAAAUGGCUGCCAAGCCGCCGGCCGGAGAACCUGUGCCCGCUGGCAAUACGGGCGUCAACCCCUCCCAGCAGUUCUUCAGGGAGGGGGGCAAAGAGGAGACACAGGGUGGCCAGAAUGGGGGAUCCUCGGAGGAGGAGGAGGAGGAGGAGGAAGAAGAGGAAGAGGAGGAAGGAGAAGAGGAGGAGCCAUUCAAACGAGAGCAGAUCAUUGUGGAGGUGAACCUGAACAAUCAAACGCUUAACGUGUCCAAAGGGGAGAAGAGCGGAGGCCCUGGCACAGCUAACACUGGAGAGGAGGGUAAGAUGGGCAGUGAGGAAGAAGAGGAAGAGGAUGAGGAGGAGGAAGAAGAAGAGGGAGAGGAAGAGGAGAGUCAAGAAGAAGAGGAGGAGGAGGAGGAGGAAGAAGAGGAGGAGGAUGAGGAAGACGAGGAGGAGGAGGAAAACACAAGCCGGACAAGGACGGCAAAGAGAGCGAGGAGAGGCAUGGCCGCGAUCCAGCCACGCCGAAAGAGCCAGCGCGUCUCGGCCGCCGCUGCUACCGCCAGCACCACCAAAUCGAUGGGUAUGACCACCAGGGGGCGCAGGAAGAACACAGAUGCCCCACCGAGGAAGCGCAGAUCCACCCGUGAACCUAAGAGCUCGGCUGCAGCCGCAUCUGGUGCCAUGGCGACAACGCCUGGAUCCCGGGGCGACGUGAAGGCGGAGGCGGGUGAGGAGCGGGAGACAUUGGCGUGCGAGAAGUGUCCGCGGGUGUUCAACACGCGCUGGUACCUGGAGAAGCACAUGAACGUCACCCACCGGCGCAUGCAGAUCUGCGACAAGUGUGGCAAGAAGUUUGUGUUGGAGAGCGAACUGGCCCUUCACCAGCAGACUGACUGUGAAAAGAACAUCCAGUGUGUAUCAUGUAAUAAGUCGUUUAAGAAACUAUGGUCCCUACACGAGCAUAUAAAGAUUGUCCAUGGCUACGCUGAGAAGAAGUUUGCGUGUGAAAUCUGUGAGAAGAAGUUCUACACCAUGGCGCAUGUGCGCAAACACAUGGUCGCGCACACUAAGGACAUGCCAUUCACAUGUGAGACGUGUGGAAAGUCCUUCAAGCGGAGCAUGUCCCUAAAGGUGCACUCACUGCAGCACUCAGGAGAAAAACCUUUCCGCUGUGAGAACUGUGACGAGCGCUUCCAGUACAAGUACCAGCUGCGCUCCCACAUGAGCAUCCACAUCGGCCACAAGCAGUUCAUGUGCCAGUGGUGUGGCAAGGACUUCAACAUGAAGCAGUACUUCGACGAGCACAUGAAGACUCACACAGGAGAGAAGCCGUUCAUCUGUGAGAUCUGUGGGAAGAGCUUCACCAGCCGGCCCAACAUGAAGCGGCACCGCCGCACCCACACCGGUGAGAAGCCCUACCCGUGCGACGUGUGCGGCCAGCGCUUCCGCUUCUCCAACAUGCUGAAGGCGCACAAGGAGAAGUGCUUCCGGGUCACCAGCCCCGUGACCCUCCAGCCCGCCUCCCUCGCUAUGCCCCUGCACCUCACCCCCAUCCCCAGCUCCUCUGCGUCCGGCCUCCCCCCGGGUCAGGUGCCUCCAGCAGUGGUGAGUCCCGCUGUCAGCUCCGCCUCGCUCUGCAUUAUGGGCUCGGGGGCCGGGGGCGCGCUCCAGCAGCGGGGCGGGGGCGUCGGGCACAGCUUCUCGCACCUCCACCUGCAGGUGCCCCACUCCACCCAGCAGCAGCACCACCACCCGCAGCAGCAGCAGCAGCAGCAGCAACAACAACAACAACAACAGCAGCAGCAGCAGCAACAGCACGGGCAGCAGGUGCACACCAGCCACGCCCCUCACGGCGGUCAUGCCCAGCAUGCUCUGCCAAUCCCGCCGGUCUCCCUGCUGCCCCCGCCACCUGCCCUGUUCAAGAGUGAGCCAAUCAACCACUGCGGCCAGGAGGACAGCUACCUGCGCCACCUGACCCAGCCUGACAAGGGUACGGGACCUGGCCAGCAACACCACUGAGCCCUGACUCUCUCUCUCACGCACACGCACACGCACACGCACACACAUACACAUACACGACCACUCAUCUUCUAGGAAAUGCACCCUCAGAGCCCCAUGCACCAUCCUUUGUUGGAGUGCAAAUUAAAUAGUGACAGAAAAAAAUGACGCUUUCUCACUCUCCCUCACACACACACACACACACACACACACACACACACACACACAUAUACAUAUACAUAUAUAGAGUGUGAAGCUCCACUGUUGACUUCCACAAGUUCUCUUAAGACAUGAUAGUUAGAUGCUUGCGUGUUCAUGUGAGUUUGACAUUCUGACAUGACUAUGCCCUGGGUCAAACCCAUGUUUUCCCUGUUGACAUUUACCAUGCACUUACAUAGACAUAAUACACACACAUGCAGGCACAACACCCGACACCGCUCACAACACAGGCUUCCUCAUUUGAAAACGAUUUGCUUUAUACUAGUGAAACAGUACCUCUCCUCUCUCAUUCUCUCGCUCUGUCUCUCACAAACUAAUGUCUACUCAGCUGCUGCUGCCUAUGGUUCUACGGGUUACUCUCUUAAUCAGAAACAUGUGCCGGUUACAGGUGAGGUCUUGGCGUGAUGUUUGAAACCGGUCGUUCCUCACAACUAUUACAACAACAAAAAAUAACUAAAACUAAAACAAACCUCAACACAGGUCUCCUCUCCGCAUCUCCUGAGGAGAGUGUCAGGUCUUCUGGAGUCAUAAGGACGCAAGUCUGUCCAUUUUUUUUUUUUUUUUGGUCGUCUUUCACACUUCACACAUACACAUACAAUCACAGACAUAUUGAACGUGUGCGUUUAGGGCACUUAGAACUGAUUCGGACAUGGUAGCUCGGAUCCUCUGAAUGUGACCUUGUGCGGGGUUGUCUUCAAUCAGACUGGUGUUGAUGGUGUCAGGUUGUUGUCGGAGGAAAGGACACGUCUUUGGGAAAGUCGGGGGAAAAAACCAGCCAAGUGAAUAUGAAGAUGGAAGAGUCCUCUUUCGGAAAAGAGACAGCGCUGUCCUGCUUUCAUAGGAAUAGAUUAAAAAAAAUGGAAUUUAAUGGUUUUAUAUUCUAACACACUCACCAAAUUUUUGUAAGCGUAUAGACAUAUUUACUGUAUCCUCAUUGUUUUUUUGUUUGUUUUUUUUUAAGGAAAAUCUCAUUUUUAAGUGUAAUCAUAAUUUACGUGUAUACAGUAUAUGUUUGUUUUUACGCGUAUGUGGGGGUGUGUGUUAAGGCUGGUUUUGCAGACAGACAUGUACUUUGAUGAGUGGGUUGGACUCCCUCUAGAAUGUUCUUUUGAUGGAGUUUCAUUAUGUGUGUGUGUUUGUGUGAUUGAGCGAGUUCAAUAGCAGUGAUGUAUACCCCCUGUGGUGCUGAUAUGAAAAGCUGCUUUCUCUGUCUUUCUGGAGUUUGGUGAAGGGUGUUGGGGGUGGAUGAGCGCAGAUAUUUGUCAUGAUUCAUUAGUGUGAGUGUGAGUGUGUGUGUGUGUGAGUGUGAGGGGGAGAGAGAGAGAGAGAGAGAAAGGGAGGGAGGGAUGGAUGGAUGGAUGGAGAGUAAUGAUACCUUUGAUUCAGCUGCUAGAGGUCUGUCGCUUGGUUCUUGGUUCUUGAAACUGUUGGUGGGGGAAUGAAAGGAGGGAAAGAUGGUAAAGGGGGAGAGAAGGGUGCGCCUGUUCAGCGCUACCUGUCUCAGGGCGCCCACUAACCCCUGCCAAGGGCACAGCGCAUCGCCCCGCAUCACUGAAAGGAAUCCAAAAUUGGAAAAGAGUGAGGAGCUAUUUUGUGAUGCACCCCAGGAAGUGAGCUGGAUUAUGGCUGGGCUUUUUUGUGAUUUGUUUUUUUUCCUCUUUUUUUCCAAAUUGGUGUAGUUGUUUUUAAUCCUAGGCACUUUACUGCUACGAGAGAGGGGCACAGGUGAGGGUGGAGACUGACAAAGUAUUGUGGGAAAAGUGUGUUCUGUGAUGUGUGCAUUUUGGAGGGUGUGUGUGUGUGUGUGUGUCUAGAUGGCUGAGAGAUGAGAGAAAAGGAGGAGAAUCAUCUUUGAGGUGCUGUGAGGGUUAAGACUCUUCAGACACCAUGGUCAAUAUUAUCAUCAUUGGUUUCAUCCACUCUGGUCCCUUUUUUUGGCAUUUUCUCACGGCGGGUCAAACCGCUCACCAGGUUAUUUUGCAUAGUGAAGUAAUAAGGUAGCUGUCCAUCACAGUUGUUCACAGCAUGGUGGAACUUUUAGAAUGCACCAUGAAAACGUUUCAGAUUCAGAUAUUUCAUCUCCAAUAAUAGUCAUUUAAAAAAAAAAAAAAAGUUAUAUUCUAAUACCUCGUAGCUUUCAAGUCAACCAGAGCUAGCUAGCUGAACUCUUUUAGGUUAGGGUUAACGUUAACGCAGUAUUACACCUCGUGAGAUUACUCGACACACAAUUGAUUGUAACUUUUAAGGUGAACAUUUUUUCAAUAAAGUGAAAUAUGAUUAGGGUAUACAAAUUAAAAAUAGCACCACAAAAGUAGCAUGCUAACAACGCUGUGGUCAGAAUUCCCAGUGAUAUCAUUGUAUAUAGAGCUACUAAGUCAACAGACACAUCCUCCAGAAGAAAGUUUUCCUCCUGUGCCCUGCGCCAGUCAUAAGGUGGAUGGGCUAAAUAAUAAAUCCAAAUUGUUUUUGAAUUUUUUUUUUUUUUCUGUAUUGUCUGUUUCUGAUUCUCCUCCUUUUUUCCUUGGUAUAUAGAAUGCACUUUCUACUAAAAUCUCGCUAGUUAAAAAAAAAAAAAAAAAAGACAAACAAUGAUGUAUAUUCUUUAAAGAUGUGUUUUGUUUUGUUUUUUUUUGUUUUUUUUUACUCAAUAUUCUUUUUUCUGCAUUUUAACCACUUCAGUGUAGCAGUGAGUAUUUUAUCAUUGUGAGUCUGGUACAAAUCUGUGCAGCUUUACCACAAUCUGCAGUUUGUUUCUUGUUUUGUUUGUUUUGAUUGUUUAUGCGAUAAUGUCAGAAAGAUGCAUUUAUGAUGAUGUAACGAUGGCCUUUUUUGAUAAUGUACAUUUAACACUCAGCUAACUUUCAGAAGUAAAAAAAAACUGUAGCCAUAAUUACAA